CCUAUCGAUAACAUAACUUAUAUAGUCACACGCUCUUCCAUGCUCUGGUUUCGGAUCGCAGCCCCGGUUGCGUCCAGAGCACGAUCGGUGCUGACACCAACUUGUUGCCAUCGAUGGGCGCAUGCGUUUUGCGAUACAACACGUGAACAUUUCAUUGACGCAUUUUGUCCGGCAACCUCUCGGGCAGUGCCGCAUCGGCUGCAGGCGCCAAGCCUUGUGCAAAAAUAAUAAAAUGAUAAAGAAGAUGAAGCUAUAAAAAAAGAUAAAUGAACCACGAGACCGAAGAAUUUUGGUUUUCUUACUUUGGUUUUAAAAUCUUUGGAUAUUUUUUGCAAAAUUAUCCUUACAAUCACGAUUAAAAAGUUAUAUUCCAUUUCUGUUAUCACUAAUUUCGAUGCAUCCGCAGCUACGGCCCGUCCCUUUCGCGAUUCGGGGCAUGCGUGUAUGGGCAUCUAAGCAAGGGAUUGCGUCGCGAAAAAAAGGUGCGACAAUUAUCAUAAGGGGAAAAAAAAAACAGCAUCCUGAGACGCUGCAUUGGAUGUACCACAUUUAACAGCGGCAUGUCCUGCGUGCGGAUUUCCCGGUAACGCGAUCGAUGUCGCGGCGCGUGUGCGCGUUAACAACGCACGUGCAUCGAAGGACGUGUCAUCAUCGUCGGCAGGGGUGUGGCAAGAGAGAGGAGGAUCCUUCCAACGUGCGAUGACGUAGUAGACUCUCGGACGGAUCGUUAUUCCGACUCGGAAGAGAGAGACUGGACCGCGUACCAAACCGUAUCGCGUCGAGUCAUAUCGUCUAGACAGUUACGUGUGGAAGUAACGUGAGUGCAUGUAUGAGGAAACGUUUCCUGUUUCGCACGGUGGAAAAAGUCUAAAGUUCACCCGGUAUAACGUGCACAGCUGUACAUACAUAUAUACAGCGCUGUGAGCACGUGAUGUCAAACGUCGUCGCGGGACUGUGUCAUGUUGAAUUUUUUUUUCACACGAAAGCAUUCGCAUCAUUUAUUGUUCGGCAUUCGUUCCACGUGUGUAUGACAGUAAUUGAGCCGUAAAAUCAGCUGUUUCGCGGUGAUCAUCUCUCGUUGUUCGCGAACGUGUUGAUUUGAUCGCGCUUGAGCGGCAUAACAUAACCUCAAAAGUGCCACUAGACGUGGCUGAGGUCGUGUCGAAUUUUAACCGUGAAAUGGACACGGUGGCGAAUAACAACGUAUCUGAUAUAUGUCUCGUGUCCGGCUUCAACGUUGGCAUCAUGGCACGGCACGACGCACGUCGCGGCGAUCGAUGCAAUUAAGGGGAAUUAUUUAUUAUUGAGGCUUAUAUGUAUACAUAUAUACUGUCUGUAUAUAGAGGCGAUUUAACUACCAAGACUAACGCGGACAGGCUUCCUACUCGAUGUGCCGCCACGGAUGCUCCGAUCCGGUCGUAACUCUGAUUCGCGUGCACGUGUGAGACGUUCUCGUAUUCGCAGGAAUUAAAUAUGAAUCAGGACGGAUGUAGUGCGCUUCUCGGUGACAUGUGAGAUAUGUAUACAUAAGUAUACAUAUACAUGUGUGAGAAAUUUGACAUUUACGACGAGCGAUCAUGGAAGUCGCGGCCACGAAGCUGGUGCAAUGGUUCAACGAGCUCAGAUCCCGUGUGCAUCUUUAUCUGCAUGCUCAGACUCUUGGUCCGGGAAGGGCGGAAAAUGGUGGCCCGCAGGAUGAUGACCAGUCACCGCAGUAUAAUGAGGGUGAAGGAAGGGUCAUUUUUAUCAAUGCACCUCAUCAGCCUGCAAAAUAUAAAAACAAUCACAUUACGACUGCGAAGUAUUCAUUUCUGUCGUUCAUACCUUUAUUCUUGUUUGAGCAAUUUCGUCGUUACAGCAAUUGUUUCUUCCUGUUCAUCGCACUUAUGCAGCAAAUACCAGACGUAUCUCCAACCGGACGCUGGACAACAUUGGUUCCAUUGAUUUUCAUCCUCAGCGUGUCCGCUUUGAAGGAGAUAGUCGAAGAUGUUAAAAGGCACAGAGCGGACGAUGAAAUAAAUAUGAGAGAGGUGGAGGUGCUGCGAGAUGGACACUGGGAGUGGAUACAUUGGCACGCCGUAGCUGUCGGCGAUGUGGUUAAGGUUCAUAACAACACUUUUUUUCCCGCCGAUUUGGUCUUGUUAUCAUCAUCGGAGCCGCAGGGUAUGUGCUUUAUAGAGACCGCUAAUCUGGACGGUGAGACGAAUCUGAAGAUCCGACAGGCUCAUCCCGACACUGCCAAUCUUUUGGAUACCGCGGAAUUGAUGAAUUUUCGCGCUAACGUCCAGUGUGAACCGCCCAACAGGCAUUUGUAUGAGUUUCACGGAGUUUUACGAGAGACCAAUAAACAGAGCGUAGCUUUAGGGCCUGAUCAAUUGUUACUCCGUGGCGCGAUGUUGCGGAAUACACGAUGGGUAUUCGGCGUAGUCAUAUACACGGGGCACGAUACGAAACUCAUGCAGAAUAAUAACGCGACAGCGCCAUUGAAACGAUCUACCCUCGAUCGAUUGAUCAACACGCAGAUACUGAUGCUAUUUUUCAUACUUCUUCUGUUGUGCAUUCUUUCCGCGAUAUUCAACAUCUUAUGGACGAACGCCAAUAGAGACGGCCUUUGGUAUUUGGGUUUACAAGAGGAAAUGACCAAGAACUUUGCGUUUAAUCUUUUGACAUUUAUUAUUCUCUUCAAUAAUUUAAUACCAAUAUCGCUGCAAGUGACGCUCGAAGUGGUAAGAUUUGUUCAAGCCACAUUUAUUAACAUGGAUAUAGAGAUGUAUCACGCGGAGACGGAUACUCCAGCAAUGGCUCGUACGAGUAAUUUAAACGAGGAACUCGGAAUGGUGAAUUACAUAUUCACGGAUAAAACCGGUACUCUUACGAAGAACGUUAUGGAAUUCAAACGAUGUUCAGUCGGUGGAAAACUGUAUGAUUUGCCAAAUCCUUCAAACGAACAUGAAAGCACGAGCGAUAGCAGUUGCGAAUUAAUUAGAGAUAUUGUCGAAGGAAGAUCUGUGCGGGACUCUUCGAAUCCUAUUGAUAAGAAAAAAGCGGAACACGCGGCUGUACUUCACGAAUUUAUGGUCAUGCUAUCGGUUUGUCAUACCGUUAUUCCCGAGAAAAUAGAUGAUUCUAUAAUUUAUCACGCUGCAUCUCCAGAUGAAAGAGCGUUAGUGGAUGGAGCACGUAAAUUUAAUUACGUGUUCGAUACACGGACUCCCAGUUACGUGGAAAUCAUAGCUCUAGGCGAGACACUUCGGUACGAAAUACUGAAUGUAAUAGAAUUCACUUCGGCUAGGAAGCGAAUGUCAGUGGUUGUAAGAACGCCCGAGGGAAAAAUUAAAAUUUUUUGUAAAGGAGCUGAUUCUGUAAUCUAUGAAAGAUUAACACCAAUUUCUUUAGAAACUAACGAUCUUGACCAAGAACAUAAAGAUGAUUUUCGUGAAGUGACUUUAGAGCAUUUGGAAAUGUUUGCUACCGAAGGAUUGCGGACGCUAUGUUUUGCUGCCGCGGAAAUACCUGAAAAUGUUUAUCAGUGGUGGUGCGAAUCGUAUCAUAAAGCAUCGAUUAGUAUAAUAAAUCGUGAAAAUAUGCUAGAACAGGCUGCGAAUCUUAUUGAGACUAAACUCACGUUAUUGGGAGCAACUGCAAUCGAGGAUCAACUGCAAGAUGAAGUACCGGAAACGAUACAAGCUCUUUUACAAGCUGAUAUCAAUAUCUGGGUGUUGACGGGAGAUAAACAGGAGACCGCCAUAAAUAUUGGUUACUCGUGCAAGCUAAUAACACAUGGAAUGCCUCUUUAUGUCAUUAAUGAAACUUCUUUAGAUAAAACGAGAGAAGUUAUUAUUCAGCGCUGCCUUGAUUUUGGGAUUGACUUAAAAUGCCAAAACGAUGUGGCUCUAAUUAUAGAUGGCAGUACGUUAGAAUACGCUCUAUCUUGUGACAUUAGGAUGGACUUUGUGGAAUUAUGUUCAGCUUGCAAAGUAGUUAUAUGUUGUAGAGUGUCACCAAUACAAAAAGCUGAGGUGGUUGGUUUAAUCACGAAUAAUAACAAGAAAGCUGUAACUCUUGCAAUCGGGGAUGGUGCGAAUGAUGUAGCUAUGAUACAGAAAGCUCACAUUGGCGUCGGUAUUUCGGGUGUCGAAGGUCUUCAAGCAGCCUGUGCCUCUGAUUAUUCCAUCGCACAGUUUCGUUUUCUGAAACGUCUAUUAUUUGUUCACGGUUCUUGGAAUUAUAGUAGAAUGUGUAAAUUAAUCUUGUAUUCGUUUUACAAGAACAUUUGUCUAUAUGUUAUCGAAUUAUGGUUUGCCAUUUAUUCCGGCUGGUCCGGACAGAUCCUUUUCGAAAGAUGGUCUAUUGGACUUUAUAACGUUGUUUUUACCGCUGCGCCUCCAUUAGCUAUGGGUCUCUUCGAUAAAGUGUGUUCCGCAGAAACUCGCUUAGCACAUCCAGCAUUAUACGCGACGAAGAAUAACGGCGACUCGUUCCUUAGUAUUAGAAUAUUUUGGAUAUGGAUUACAAAUGCACUAUUUCAUUCGGCAUUACUUUAUUGGUUGCCGCUUAUGGCUCUCAAACAAGAUGUGGCUUGGGGGAACGGUAGAGACGGCGGUUAUCUUCUACUAGGAAACUUUGUUUAUACUUAUGUUGUAGUAACAGUAUGCGGAAAGGCAGGUCUAAUAAUAAACUCGUGGACAUGGGUCACUCAUUUAGCAACCUGGGGAUCUAUUAUACUCUGGUUCUUAUUUAUUCUUAUAUAUAGUAAUUUUUGGCCUGUCCUGAACGUCGGCGCUGUGAUGUUAGGCAAUGAUAGAAUGUUAUUUUCCUCGCCUGUUUUCUGGCUGGGACUUAUAUUAAUACCGACGGCAGUAUUGCUGGUAGAUGUUACAGUAAAUGCAGUGAUGAAUACAGUUUGGAAAUCGGUGACGGAAACAGCCCGAGAGAAUGAAAUUAGGACAUCCGAUCCUGGUGAUGUAUUCAAUAACCAGGAUUACAGAAGCUCAUUGACGGAAACGGCGAGGCUGCUGAAAAACGUUAAAAGUGUUUUCACCAGGCGCUCGAAUGCCGCCUCCAGAGUCAAUGUCGAGGUGGAGCUAUCACAGAUUAACGAAUUGCGACCUUUGUUAUUGCGCAUGCUGCGCGAUGCAGAUGGUUUCGCGUUUUCUCAAGAGGAGGGUGGUUCGGUAACCCAGACGGAUGUGAUCAGAGCCUACGACACGAAUCUUCCGAAACCCGGCGGAAUGUGAUUUAAACAGGAUGGCCGUCAUGCGACGAGAAGGUG